AUGGGUAAAGGAGGGCAGGAUUAUGGAAACAAGGAGGAUAAAGGGGGCAAUAGUGAGUUAGAUAAAGUAGUAUUUCCUGCAUGGGCAAAAAAUGUUAGCGAAUGCGAAGAGGCUUUGCAGGUGAGUAGUCACCAGGGAUUAUCAUCGGAAGAAGUUGACAAGAGGAGACAGACUUAUGGAAGUAAUGAGUUAGAUAAGCAUCAUGGCCAGUCAAUAUUUAGUUUGAUUCUGGAACAAUUUAACGAUACUUUAGUCAGAAUUUUGCUCGUUGCUGCUGUCAUAUCAUUUGUUCUGGCGUGGUAUGAUGGGGAUGAAGGUGGAGAAAUGGAAAUCACUGCUUUCGUGGAGCCCCUUGUUAUUUUUUUGAUCUUGAUUGUCAAUGCGUGUGUGGGGGUAUGGCAGGAGAGUAAUGCCGAGAAAGCUCUGGAAGCUCUUAAAGAAAUUCAGUCAGAACAAGCGUGUGUGAUUCGAAAUGGGAAAAAGGUUACAAAUUUGCCUGCCAAGGAACUUGUUCCUGGUGAUAUUGUUGAACUUAGGGUUGGAGAUAAAGUACCUGCUGAUAUGAGGGUUUUGAAUCUAGUUAGCUCUACUCUUCGUGUUGAACAAGGCUCGUUGACAGGAGAGAGUGAAGCAGUUAGUAAGAACGUUAAGCCUGUGGGAGAAGAUACUGACAUUCAGGGUAAGAAAUGUAUGGUGUUUGCAGGGACAACUAUUGUGAAUGGGAAUUGUACUUGUUUAGUUACCCAAAUUGGUAUGAAGACGGAGAUAGGAAAGGUGCACUCCCAGAUUCGAGAAGCUUCACAGAGUGAGGAAGAUACGCCACUGAAAAAGAAGCUAAAUGAAUUUGGAGAGGUUCUGACUUUAUUAAUUGGCUUGAUUUGUGCAUUGGUUUGGUUAAUUAAUGUUAAAUACUUUCUAUCUUGGGAGUAUAUCAAUGGCUGGCCUGCAAAUUUUAAGUACUCAUUUGAAAAGUGCACUUAUUACUUCGAAAUUGCAGUGGCAUUAGCAGUUGCUGCAAUUCCAGAAGGUCUACCGGCUGUUAUUACAACAUGCUUAGCCCUAGGCACGCGUAAGAUGGCUCAGAAGAAUGCCCUUGUUCGUAAGCUACCUAGUGUUGAAACUCUUGGUUGCACAACUGUGAUUUGCUCAGACAAAACGGGUACUUUGACGACUAAUCAGAUGGCUGUGGCAAAAUUUGUUGCGAUGGGUUCCAAUGUAAAUUCUGUCAGAUCAUUCGAUGUGCAAGGGACCACAUAUGAUCCUUUUGACGGAGCUAUCCAAAACUGGACCCUCGGUCAAAUGGAUACUAACAUCCAAACUAUUGCGCGAAUUGCUGCUCUGUGCAAUGAUUCCAGUAUUGAACAAACGGGGAAUCAAUAUGUUGCUAGUGGAAUGCCAACUGAAGCAGCAUUGAAGGUUCUUGUUGAGAAAAUGGGACUUCCUGACACACUGAAUUUGGGUUCAUCCUCUGACCGUGGUGACGCACAAUGUUGUUGUAGAGCGUGGACUGAUAAUGAGUCCCGAGUUGCAACACUUGAGUUUGACCGAGAUAGGAAAUCAAUGGGAGUGAUAGUGAAUUCCAAGUCAGGAAAAAAGACAUUGCUUGUGAAGGGCGCGGUAGAAAAUUUGUUGGAAAGAAGCCACUUUGUCCAGUUACUUGAUGGUUCUGUUGUAAAACUUGACCAAGAUGCCAAGAAUCUAAUCUUACAAAGUCUUCAUGACAUGUCAUCAAAAGCAUUACGAGUUCUGGGUUUUGCAUACAAGGAAUACCCUCCAGAGUUUGCAACAUAUACGGGCAGUGAAGACCAUCCCGCUCAUGAGCUUUUGCUCAAUCCUACUUAUUAUUCUUAUAUCGAAAAUAAACUAGUCUUUGCUGGAUUGGCAGGUCUAAGAGAUCCUCCUCGUAAAGAGGUUCGACAGGCCAUUGAAGAUUGCAGGGCAGCUGGCAUUCAAGUAAUGGUUAUAACAGGAGAUAACAAAAACACUGCAGAAGCUAUUUGCCGUGAAAUAGGUGUUUUUGAACAAAGUGAGAACAUCAGCUCUAAAAGCUUAACUGGAAAAGAGUUUAUGGAUCAUCGAGACAAAAAAACUCAUCUAAGGCAGAGUGGAGGCCUCCUCUUCUCUAGAGCGGAACCAAGGCAUAAACAAGAGAUAGUGAGGUUGCUCAAAGAAGAUGGUGAAGUGGUUGCAAUGACUGGUGAUGGGGUCAAUGAUGCACCUGCAUUAAAAUUGGCCGACAUCGGAAUUUCCAUGGGCAUUGCAGGAACCGAGGUUGCCAAACAAGCAUCAGACAUGGUUUUAGCAGAUGAUAAUUUUAGCACAAUUGUUGCUGCUGUUGGCGAAGGAAGGUCUAUUUACAACAAUAUGAAGGCCUUCAUCAGGUACAUGAUUUCUUCAAACAUCGGUGAGGUUGCCUCUAUAUUUCUCACAGCUGCUUUAGGUAUACCAGAGGGCCUUAUUCCUGUCCAGCUUCUGUGGGUCAAUCUAGUCACUGAUGGACCCCCUGCAACAGCUUUGGGAUUCAAUCCGCCUGACAAGUACAUAAUGAAGAAACUGCCUCGUAGAAGUGAUGAUUCUUUGAUUAGUGCAUGGAUAUUAUUCCGUUAUCUGGUCAUUGGACUUUAUGUUGGGAUAGCGACUGUUGGAGUAUUCAUCAUCUGGUACACAUGCGACUCUUUCUUAGGAAUUGAUCUAAGUAAAGAUGGGCACAGCCUUGUCACAUAUUCACAACUUGCAAACUGGGAUCAGUGCAAAUCUUGGAAAAAAUUCUCAACUUCACCUUACACAGCCGGAUCUCAAGUGUUUAACUUUGAUGCAAAUCCAUGUGAUUACUUCCAUACUGGAAAAGUUAAAGCCAUGACCCUCUCUCUAUCUGUAUUGGUCGCGAUCGAGAUGUUCAAUUCCCUUAAUGCCCUUUCCGAGGAUGAGAGUCUCUUGACGAUGCCUCCUUGGGUCAACCCCUGGCUUCUAUCAGCAAUGGCAAUCUCAUUUGGCCUGCACUUUCUGAUCCUAUAUGUCCCUUUCCUUGCUCAAGUAUUUGGAAUAGUACCACUAAGCCUGAAUGAAUGGUUGUUAGUGGUUGUUGUUGCUUUUCCAGUUAUUUUAAUUGACGAGGUAUUGAAGUUAGUCGGUAGAAGUAGAAGUGAAGUUAGUUCAAGAAGAAGAGUGAAGGACAAAGCCGAAUAA